UUUUCCUUUCCCGAGAGCCUCCAACAUACGCAUAACGUUGUAACCCACCAUGCCGCCCCUCCCAGGGUUUUCAGACAACCCACUGCGUACCCGCGCCGACCUCAUCCGCGCUGCGAUCGCCCUCGUUAAGCCUCUAAACCCAUACAAGUCCCCAGGCGGAGCGCGUAUCAAACUAGCCACCUCGACCGCCGCCGGAUUCAGCGAGACGGCCGCCCAACUCGAAGGCUUCUCCCGGCCCCUCUGGGUCGUCGCGUAUCUCCUAAGCUUGCAAUCCACGGAGGUCGACCCCUUUAUUCAAGCCCUGCUCUCUGAUGCAGCGCUGAACUUGGAAUCAUGGGUCCAGGGCCUGAAAGAAGGCACAAACCCCCAGUCGCCGGAGUACUGGGGCGACUUGGCUCCAUUCGACCAAAGAAUGGUCGAAACGGAAACCAUCGCCAUCGCGCUGCUCGUCCAUCCCUCCGCCUUCUCUUUCGAGCACGAUCCCGCUGCGAGGAAGAAUUUGGUGACGUGGUUAAGACAGAUUAAUGGACAUGCUAUGCCAGCGAAUAACUGGCUUUUCUUCCGCGUGCUGGUUAAUCUCGCGCUGGUGCUCACCUUAGGUGUUCCCUUGGGGGAGGUGAAGAGCUAUAUCGACGAUGCGCUGGAAGUGUUGGAUUCUUUCUAUCUCAGCGAAGGCUGGAGUUCUGACGGUCUGUGGGGCGCGGAAAGGAAGCAAGCAGAUUACUACUCCGGCAGUUUCGCGAUGCAAUUCUGUGCGCUGCUAUUCGUGAAGCACGCCGAGACUCUAGCUGGAUACGGAGAACGGGUGGCGAAGUUCAAAGCAAGAGCGCGGGAGUUUGCGAGUGAGUACUGGCGGUACUUCGCCCCCGCCGGCGCGGCAAUCCCCUUCGGCCGCUCCCUCACAUAUCGCUACGCCUGCGGGGCUUUUUGGAGUGCUGCGGCAUAUGCUGGAAUCGACUUGCCUCCUCCACUGGAUAUCGGCACGGUGAAGGGGUUAUUGCUGAGACAUUUGCGGUGGUGGGCGGGGCAUGAGGGGAUAUUCAACACAGACGGCACCCAUAAUAUCGGGUACACCUAUCCGAAUAUGUAUCUCGCCGAGAACUACAACUCCCCACAGAGCCCGUACUGGUGUCUGAAAGCAUUGCUGAUUCUCGGUCUACCAUCGUCCUCCUCUUUCUGGACGGCGACCGAACUGCCCCACCCGUUAUCCCCAUCCGCACCGCAAGCCUCUCCAAAGCUGGAGCUGGCAAAGAUAAAGCUUCUCCCCCAGCCACACCAGAUUUUAGUAGGCGCAGAGGAACAUCACUACCUCGUCUCGUCCGGGCAAUGCACAGCCAAACGCUUCAAAGGGAGGGAAGCCAAGUACGGCAAGUUUGCGUAUUCCUCCGCGUUCGGGUUCUCUGUUCCCGCCGGCCCUCUCCUCGAACAAUUAGCGCCGGAUUCCACCCUAGCCAUCUGUUUCGAGGGGGAGGAGGACGAGGCAGGGUGGAAGGUACGCUGGGCACCAGAGGGCGUUGAGUUUGGGGAGGGAACUGCGGAGGGGACGUGGAUCCGGAGUACAUGGCGACCCUGGAAGACAAGCGGUGUGCACGUCCAAACGACGCUCGUGGUGCCGGGGAGCAAGUGGGGUGGGUGGCAUGUACGGGUGCACCGCAUCAGUCUCCCACCUGGCGCGCCCGCGAUGAGGGUUGUGGACGGGGGUUUCGCAAUCGACGCUCAGACGUCCCGCGGCUCAUCCAUUUUCGAGACGAGCGUGGGUGCUUCGUUCCCCCAGGCACACGGGGAGCAGAGAAUGGAGGGGUGGUGGAGCGACGGGCUGGGAAGUCUAGUCCUCUCCCGCGGCGGCGCGAGCGGCGUCGUGGACCUCACCUACUCUAUCGACGGCGGCGCAGCAGCAUCAGACGGCAAGGCGCUUAUCAUCCGCGCGGAUCCGAAUACCAAUCUGAUUGCGUCUCGCACACUGAUACCCGCCAUGCAGCACUCGCUCGCCGCCAACGAUGGAGAAGGGAACAAAGUGAUCUGGCUGGUCACGGGCGUAUUCGCUGUUCAGGCUGAGGCGACACGGCAUCUUGAGCGGGUGUGGGAGAUGUGGGGAGACCGGCCUAAAGGACGGUUCGAGGGGGGCAGCGUGAGGUUCGUGUAGGGAAAAGAUUGCAGCAAGAUCAAUACAAGCGCGUUCAUAACAUUUGC